CGAUGUCGAAAUUAUUUUUCCCACGUUUUAAAAAAAAAAAAACAAAAUUGCUCCAAAAAAUUGUCCUUGUCACUGAAUAACCCUGAAAUAAAAUAUCCACCCCAGCCAGCGGCCAGCGUCAUUAUUCGGUCGCCGUUAUUGUUCUAAAGCCGGAAAGCAUAUUCCUUCUUUUGUCGUCAAGAGAUCCCAAAACAACAACACAAAAAAAGCUUCACUCUUUUACGUCGCGGAACCGUUUUAAGUUCUCUUCUUGUAAUAUAUUUAAAAUGGAUUCGGAUGACGGGAACGUAUCAGACAUUUUAGUACCAAAGAGGAGUCUUUUACAUGUACCCGGAAGCUUGGCCUUGGAAGCAGUUAGUUGCAUCACCAAGUUCACAGGAUCUGUGUUUUCUUGGUUGAACAACAACAACAGUUUCCAGAGAACGGAGAUUUCUAACUACCAAUGGAGGAGCUGCUGUGAUGAGCGUGUGGUCAGGAAGAGUUGUUGUUAUCCCAGUUUCUCUGUGUUUCAUAUUCACAAUGGAUCAAAAGAUCUAAUCCCUGCCUUUUUUGGAAAUAUCUCUAAAUCAACUAUUCAGCAUUUUGUUAAUGAAGCUGAGAGGCUGCAUUCUUGUUCCGUCCUCUCCUUGGCUGUUUCUUUGAUGUCGGUGAAUGGACUUGCUUUGUCUCUAGGGAGUAAUAAUGUUCAAGUUUCGAACAACAACAUUGAGCAUCAUAGGUCUUGUCAGGUUCGACGUGAAGAAUGUAGGAGUAGUGGUUUGAGUUUUCACAAACUGGACGCGAAAAGACCAACAGUUGAGCCUCGAACCGGGAUCGAGUUCCCGGUUUUGUUAAAGAAAAAUGCAUCCGGAUUAACUUCUGAGGUGCUUGUUGCAACGGGAUCACGGACAAUGAAGAUCAUCAAAAUCAAAUCUCUUAAAGUAUAUGCGUUUGGUUUUUAUGUUCAUCCUUCGUCCGUCUGCCAGAAGCUUGGUCCAAAGUAUGCCUCUAUUCCCGGGACCAAACUCGGCAGAUGUGAUGACUUAUACAAAGAUCUUUUAAGGGAGGAUAUUGUUAUGAGUGUUAGGCUUGUGGUUAACUACAAUGGCUUGAAGAUCAAUACUGUGAGAGAUGCUUUUGAGAAAUCUCUGCGUGCUCGUUUGGUGAAGGCAAAUCCCAAGACUAACUUCCAUUGCUUGAAUGAUUUUGGAUCAUUCUUCACACAAGACAUUCCAAUCCCCGCGGGAACAGUGAUAGACUUUCGACGAACAGCUGAUGGACAACUAAUCACAGAGAUUGGCGGUAACCUGGUUGGAGCUGUCCGUAGCAAGGAUCUUUGUCGAGCUUUCUUUGGUAUGUACAUUGGAGAUGUUCCGGUGUCUGAGCAGACAAAAGAGGAGAUUGGUAGGAACGUUGUGGGAAUCUUAAAGAGCUGCUGAAAAAUCAAUUUAUAGACUUUGACCAAUGGGCCUCUUGAGUUUUUAGAAGAAGGCCACUUGGGUCCGGAAUCUUCCAUGUCUCUCUAGUUCGUAUACGGAAUAUAAGUACUCAGGGAUGUACGUAAGUGGCUUCCUACCCGACCCAGCUUUAUUUUGUAGAAACUCAGCUCUAAAUAAACCCUGGCCCGCCAAAAAUCUCUGCUUAAACCCCUGCAAAGCCCUGACCCCGGCACUGAUAAUAUUUUUUCAACAAGGCUUAUCAGUUAUUCAGUUAUGUAACGAAACUUUUUUUUUUGGACAACUGUAACGAAACUUCGUCAUAGCUAUAUAUAAUCGGUUUAUUUAACGACGUGCGUGUAUCCAGUGGAUAGUGUAAGAUUCCGCUCUAUACAUGGAAUGUUUAUACUAUUAACACAUUUUCUCUAUUUUUUCUUAUAAAAAAACACUAUUUGUUCUUUA